AUGCCUGCUAACGCGAACAACAUCAUUUCGGUGCUGCGGUGUCAAGUAAACCUCAGGAACGACAGCGGUCCUUAUGCUUACAUCCACCAGGCUAGGAUGGAGAAAGCGGACGACGAUCUGCGUCCGACGAUUCCGCCUGAGAAGAAAUCACUUGCGGCAUGGAUGAUUGGGGCAUCACGCUCCCGUCAACGCCAGGGUUAUAAUUUGUACGCACCCACGAGCUACGAGAAUUUUGAUGCUUGCUUUUUUGGAGCGUUUUAA